CAGCGAAUGUUCCCGCUGGCAGGUCGGAGGGGAAUCGCAGGGUCCGUUGUUACAGGAUAUUUGAGCAAGAAAAUACUUUGCAUCGAAUCCCAGUGAAAAUUGUAGGUAGGAUUUUGUACUUAAAGGCCAUCAGUGGAGUUUUGAGGUAGUAAACACAAAGCUGUACAAAUGGAUGCAUUAAUUGUCACUAUUGGAUUGGACUAAAUUAAAGCAAAAUCUAAAGCUAUGUUCUACUACAUUCAAACUUAAAACUCCCAGCAGAAAUACAGCAAAUUAACAUCAAGCAAACAUGAUGCUUACACUCCCAGGACAAGGAAAAUAGAUUAACAUCUAAUACAACAAGUUUGCAUAAAUAAUUUGUUUAGCACAGAUGAAUACACUCCAAACCACAAAUCCCUUUUGAGUGAAUAUAUAACCUCAAUCACCAUCACGUCAUUUCCUGUUUUGAUUGUGACGCAUACAAACUUCCAUUCUCCUGAAAUUGCCGCCAUCUUAUAGCUGAAUGACAAGACUUCCAUGACUUCUACAUAAAAAUACAAAAGCAAGGAAGAAAAGUGACUUCUGGAAGAAGCUGAGAAGACUUAAACAUUGCUUAAAAUGGAAACUCAAAGGUUGCUUAAUUUGUGGAGGCUGAUGACCAAAAGGAGGUUUUCCUACAUAAAGGACAAUACUUCACUAUACCAAAUAACAUGCGUUAUCGACCCUCAUUUGGCUGCGUUUCACAUUACGUCUAUUAUAUUUCCAAACGUCGAUGAUGUUUUAAAUUCAGACAAGUUAUUCAAUAAUCUUAUGUCUUUACUGAAUCGUGAAAAUUACCAUGAGGCUAGAAUCGUUAGUGCGCAGCAGAUCAAGCAAAGCAAAAUUUCUCAAACGGUUAACAUAAUGGACUUUUAUGGCACUGUCCAUGACAAUUUCCCAUUGAUCGAUAAACUUGUAUGUGCUGAAAUGUUUUCUAACAUAAAGAUCCCAAGUGAGAGUCGGAUCAAUGAAGAAAUAUUCAGCCAGUUUAAAAUGUUCGGCUACCUCAAGGGUUUGGGAGAUCCAGCAGAUCCAGCACUAAUUCUCGGGUACUGGUUGACUACAAAACCAAUAUUUUAUAUUGAAUGUAAGAAGAAAAGAAUCUUUCAGCUGCAGUUUUUGCUGCUUAGCAAAAAUGAACACAUGACCAUGUGUUUUAGAUUCUCCAGAAACAACUGGAAGCUCUACGACAACGAUCCAACAAAACCUUCUUUCCAGAAUUUUCACUUGGACAAGAUUAAUGAUUAUGUCAUUUGCAUGGCUGGAUAUGUCAACCUAACACAAUUUGGCAUUGCUGAGACAAGAGCAGGAGCAAUGCCUUUCGAUUUAGGUCUAAGAAGUUCCCUGGGUCAUCCAGAGCCGUACAUUUGCCCCGUAGCUAUUCCCGAGACUGGACAAGGACUUGGACAAAGGCCUUAUUAUUCAAACCUGCUAGAUAUUCUCACAAUAUCUGACCACCUGGACGAGAUAGAGGAAGACGAUCCAGCAGCAGCUGUGAUUCUAUUAAAAUAAAGCUAGUUAUGAUCGUUUUCGAUCGUUUAUGAAUUUUUUAUCAUAUGAUCUUACGAUGGAUGAAAGAAAUAUUUUAAAUUUUGUAGUAAAUGCAUAUGUGAUAUGAUACGCAGUGAAAUGAUUUCACUCGCAGUGAAAUUUUCUUUUGCUUUUGAUAUUUUAAGAAAGAGAAGAUGGUCUACAAACCUGUUGAAAUCUCCAAUGUCACAGCAAGAAAUGAAUUGGAUAUGGAAAAGAAAGUAGUCAAAAUUCACAACAAAAUCCAACUUUGGCAGUAACAACGUAACAUGUGUAUAAAAGCCCAUCUGAAAGCCAGUUAGGUGUGCAUUAUUCUAGGCAGACCCAGAGCGUAUUGUACAUUGUUUUUGCUUAUCAAUUUUGCAUCAUAGAACAAAUGCAGGCUUACACUUUGAGAGUGUUUCUUGGUUUUUUACCAUUUUUGCAUUUCAAUAACUUUUACUUAUUCUAAUAUUGUUUGAUUAUUUGAAGGAGGAUUUAUUUGUCAUUUUAUUUUAAUUUACAUAUAUUACACACAUUUAUCUGUAUUGCAUUGCUUUUAAUAAA